AUGGUCCUUCCCAAAUCCAAAAAUGCAGUUGGACUCGGCAACUCGCUCAUGAAUGAUCGCUUUGGAAAAGGAAGAGGCUCUGAUCGGAAGAAAGUAUCCGCUGGUAUACACCGAACAGAUCAGAACGGGCAGACUUAUGUCACCAAUGACAAGAAGGAGGCAGCAUGGGUCAAAAUGCGAAGCGUUACCGAGCAGGGAGCACUGGACGAGUUCCUCAGUACAGCGGAGCUGGCAGGAACAGACUUCACGGCAGAGAAGAUGAACAAUGUCAAGAUCAUUCAUCACGAUCAAAAGAACCCUUACUUGCUCUCUGCUACAGAGGAAAGAUCGGCAAUCAGAAAGCAAAUGGCAAAGCGGAAUCGACUUACAGUCCCGAGGCGGCCAAAAUGGAACGACCAAACCAAGCCUCAGGAAUUAGCAGAUAUGGAGAAAGCCAGUUUCCUGGAAUGGAGGAGAGGAUUGGCUGAUUUACAGGAGAACGAGGAUUUAUUAAUGACCCCCUUCGAGAGGAAUUUGGAGGUUUGGAGGCAAUUGUGGAGGGUCAUAGAGAGGUCUGAUUUGGUGGUGCAAAUCGUUGAUGCGAGGCACCCCCUCAUAUUUCGUUCGGAGGACCUAGAAACCUACGUGAAGGAAGUGAGUCCUAAGAAGAACAAUCUGCUGCUUGUCAAUAAAGCGGAUAUGAUGACGCUGCCACAAAGGGAGGCGUGGGCGGACUAUUUCGAGAAGGCUAGAAUCAACUACAGGUUCUUCUCUGCAUCCCUAGCAAAAGAAAGGAAUGAGGCUGCAGAUUUGGUCGAGGACGAUAGCGUUCAAGAACUUGACGGCCAACAAGAUAAUGUCGCUGGACAACCAGACAGACUUGCAGAAGUGGCGAGCAAGCUCGACUUGCAAGAUGACGAAGAUGAUGAAGCCGAAUGGGCGAGCGAAGAAGACCUUGACGAGGACAUGGACUCGCGUACACGAAUCCUCACCGUGGACGAACUCGAGCACCUCUUCCUCGAAAACGCCCCUCACCAGGACCAGCCUGAAGACGAUUCUACCUCGCACCCCCAUAAAACAACUAUUGGCCUAGUCGGCUACCCCAACGUAGGCAAAUCCUCCACCAUCAACGCCCUCAUCGGCGCCAAGAAGGUCUCCGUCUCCUCUACCCCCGGCAAAACCAAACAUUUCCAAACCAUCCACCUCUCACCCUCGGUCCUCCUCUGUGACUGUCCUGGUCUAGUAUUCCCGAACUUCGCCACCACAACCGCGGAGCUCGUCUGCAACGGCAUCCUUCCCAUCGACCAGCUCCGCGAGUUCACUGGCCCUGCUGGUCUCGUCGCCCAACGCAUUCCGCAGAGUUUCUUCGAAGCGCUGUAUGGAGUGAAAGUGCGAACGCGGCCAGUGGAAGAAGGGGGAAACGGUGUGCCGACGGCGGAGGAGCUGUUGACGGCCUAUGCGAUUGGCAGGGGGUUUGCAACCACGGGGCAGGGCCAGCCGAAUCAGAGUAGAGCGGCGAGGUAUGUGCUUAAGGAUUACGUGAGUGGAAAGUUGUUGUUUUGUCAGCCACCGCCUGCCGAGCCGGUGAUCGAUGGGAGAGCGUUCAAUCGGGAGUUGUAUGAUAUGAGGCAUCUGCCGAGGAAACGGCAGGCAGUUUUGGCGGCGCAGAAGGAAGGUGAAAUUACCGGUGAGGAGGAGCCGAGUUUGAUGGGCGAGGUGCAGGGUGUAGGUAACGUCCCAGUGCAAGGCGAGAAGUCGACCAGGUUGGAUAAGAGGUUCUUCGGGCCGGGCAAGGGGAGCCAAGGACAUUUGAGUAUGCCUUUCAAUCAUCAAUACAGUGAGCAAGGGCAGAAGCAACUAUCUGGGAGGAAGUUGCAGAUGGUGACAGCGUUAGAGAAGGGAGUGGAUCCUGCAGAGAUGAAGUUGAUGAAUGGGAAGAAGCAUUUUAAGGGAAACAGGAGGAAGAAGGCUCUGGGUUCUUUGCAGGAUGACUGA